AUGACAACUUCAUGUAGAAGACUAGCGCUGCUAGUGAGGGAGAAUGAUCAUAUACUUUUCAGUGCCAAUGGGUCUCGUAUAGAGGCAUUUUCCUUGGAACACGAUGAGCUGAUAAGUUCAUUCAAACUCAACGAUGGACAGGAUAUCUACAAGUUCGUUGAAGGAAGAGAUGGGAUUUUUGUGUUCGAGGAGACAAUUUUACGCCACGUCUCGAAUGAAGAGCUUUUUGAUCCCAAGCAUAAACGAAAGGAAGGCUUGAAAUUGGAAUUCUACGAACAACUACUUGGUGGUGUGUUUGUACCCGAUGCUGACGAAAUCAUACUUUUUUCUCGCUCAAUGGCUGUUUCUCGGAUAAAAAUUUGUUUCGAUGCUUUCGAAACACAAACACUGUGCUCCAUUGCACCGAACAGACAUGCCAUGCUCACAUCAUGUGAGACUUUGGGGAAAAACUGGUCCGACCUCGUUAUAAUUAGUGGAACAUCUAUGGGUGAGCUGUUCUUGUUCAAGCCUGCAACAGGUCAAGAAACUUCAUGCAAAGAUCAGAAUGGUAUGAUUUUUGAUAUGUGCGUUUAUGGAAUGACACUUUGUGUUGUUUCUGACGACCGCACGUUGUCAGUCUACGAUUGUUCGUCUUUUCUUCAAAAUGACCGCGAUGAUUUGCUACCGCCAAAAAAACUGGACACAUGUUUUGGGCACUAUUCACGUCCUUUCGCUGUAUCAACCGAUGAAGAUGGAAAUAUUUAUACAGGAGGACAGGAUGAAACACUUUUCCUUUGGAGAUGGAGCGGCCAUAAUCUGAAGUUAAUCUCAAAAAGAGAAGUCCAUAGAGGGUAUAUUCGCGCACUUGGCAUGUUCCAUAAAUCUGUGUUAGUGGGGUGUGAAAGUGGUGCUCUCGUUCGGAUUUCUCGUGCGCAUAUAGAAGACGAACCAAUUCUUUCUUCAUCACCGGAGGACUCUGUGAAGUCGUUUGUGCGUCUUAGUACUGGCGAAUUUGAUGUUUUAAAGCACUCUCCCAAGACUGACGUCCGAUUCAUAUCCGGAACUGUUUUGGACCCAAAAGUAUCAAAAUAUGUCGCUUUAGUCGGUGACAAGAAGAUAAUGGUUAGGGAAAAUAAGAAAGAUACUGUGUUUGAGAUCGAUUUUGAAGCUGAAGUGCUUGAAGUUAUUGUGGAUGGUUCUUUUAUGUUCGUCUAUUUGGCCAACAAUAAAGCUGAGCUUGUCCUGAUAAACCGUGGUAUAGUGUAUGCAAAUAUGAACUUCAAUAUUGCAUUAAAAGAACUCAGAGUUCGUUCUAAAGUGAAAAUUACUGCGUUUGCGGUAACCGUCACUGAGAACCGACUCACAAUCGUUGUGGGCACAGCCACUGGUCAAUUAUUCUAUGGAAGCAGUGUGUGUGAAGAUAACGGUUCUAUCGAUAUGCGUACGUCAAAGGAACUGAAUUCGCAUUUCAAGAAAGGCCCUGUGAAUCAGCUGCUUUUUUAUGACGCGGGAUUAUUCGCUCUUGGUCGGAAUGGCGUACUUGUAAAUUCUUUGCUGAGAUCGAAUGGAGAGCUAUCCAUCAUUUCUGCUCGACCUCUUUGUCCUUGGCUACCCGGUUUUGUGCCAUGUGGACUGAGUAGCAAUGCCAAUUUGAUUCUUGGAUUUAAAGGGCAAAAUUUCUGCGUCAUUGAUUACUUUACUCGGGAAAUAAUAGACUCGGUGAAUUGCGGAGGUCCUAAUCGGCAAUGGUAUUUUACGAGGCACCCGUCUGAGCGAUGCAGUGAUCCGAAAGACCUCAAAAUGUUGUUCGAUUUCCUUUCUAAGGGUAGAAUCAUCACGGCUCAACUACAGAAUAAAUGUAUGAGUGUUCUUGCCCCGGCACCACAUCGUUCUAGGAUAAUUGGUAUGACUAUGCUUAAUGUGGACCGGCUAAGUCCCUUGGUAGCAACGGUUGGAGCCGAUCAUAUCCUGUCGAUAUUUCGCAUAGGAUCUCCAGAAAAUGGAUUGGAAACACAUCUUUCGAUCUACAACGACGCCACUCCAACUUGUGUUUGUUCCUUAUUUCUGUUAAGCGGAGAAUUUGUCAUUAUUGUUGGAGGAGAGAAAGGCAUAAUCACUUCUUGGUUUGUCAGUCCGAACGAUCUCUUCAAAAAAGAUCCACGUUUUGUUUUCUCAUCGGUGUAUAAACGAGAGCUGUCUUCUGCCCGAGUCAUGACCAUGGCUAUAGACGAGGAGACCGUCUCGGGACCCCUCUCAAACCAUCAUUGUGUUGCUGCGUACGCCGAUGGAGUUGUGGAGAUCUUAAAGAUCGCUUUUGACGAUGACAAGCCAACGAUGUCCUUGCAGUUGUUGGAACGUAUCAAAUCAGAUCCUGUUCUGUCAACACCGGUUAAAGUAUUAUGCUAUCAAAAUUGUACCGAUAAUAGGCUUCAUAUUAAUAUGAUUACAACCUCUGGUCGUCGUGUGUUUUAUAACGUCGUCACUGGACAUCCUACUAUUGGAGCCUCGGAAGAGAUUGACAAGUGCGGUUUGUCGGCCCUUGGUGUAUUCACAACCACGGAGGGGAAUUACCUAAUUUUUGGCUCUGAAUCGGGACUUGUUUCGGUAGGCUUAGCUCACACGGGACCCAUGAUAUGGAUGAGCUCAUUUAUCUAUCAUUCUAGUACGGUAACAGGAUUUUCUAUAUUCUCGUGUCGGACCGGCAUCUAUUUUCUUUCAAUUUCGUUGGAUUGUCGUAUGGCACUCUGGCAUUUGAGUACAACAAAUAGGAAUCUGGAAUUCAUCAAAGGCUUCACGUUGGACGUGUGUGAUCCUUGCGGUGUUUAUCGUCUGAUGAAUGGUGGCAUUGUUGUAGGAGAUGGGAUGGAAUACGUUCCAAUCGAUGAUGCCGACAUAGAUAACGCUUCUUAUUAA